GUCAGACUCCCACAAUGCAGCAGCCGGGGACAAGCAUGGAGGCCGCACUCACCGCCCCGCCGCCCUGCUCUCUAUAGUCUCCCCCCGCCCCCAACCUCCGGAGCACAGGCGGCCCCGACCCCCAGGGUCAGACUACAGAUCCAAGAACUGGAGAAUUAGAAGAAUUAUCAGACAUUUUUAACCGAUCACUGACCACACCAACUUGCCAUAGGAAUGCAUCCUUAAAAGCAAAAAGAAUGUCGGAGCGGCCCGAGGAUGACGUCAGAGGGGAGCAGCGCAGAGCGGGGGCCCGGCCGCAGCAACGGCGGCAGCAGCAGCAGCAGCAGCAGCAAGGGGACAGCUCGAUGGCGGCCCUGCCCAGUCCCAGAGCCCUGCUGGGGCAGCCCUGGGCGCACUGGCUGGAGGCUGCCCGGCUGCAGCACGACGAGACCGAGGAAAGUUACAAGGAGAGCGACAAGAAGCGAGAAGCCAUGAGACUCAGCAAGGAGGACAUGCCAAUAUUUGGACUAUGCCCGGCCUACGAUGAGUUCUAUCUGGUUGUUUGUAGCCAAUGUAAUCAGGUCAUAAAGCCGCAAGCAUUUCAAUCACAUUAUGAAAGAAGACAUGGGUCCUCCAGCAAACCCCCUCUAACACCUCCAUCAUCCUCUGUGUACUCCUUCCACUCCUCCCUGCCUUCGACAAAAAGCAAAGUGGGCGGCGGCAGCACCCGUACGUCCAGCAGUGCAAGCGCUAGUGCCUCCUCCAACUCCAAGCUGAUCAAAUCUCCCAAAGAAAACAAAGAAAAGCUACAGAUAGGUGGAAGCAACAGGUCCAUGCAUUCUGUGCAAAGCAGAACAUCCCUAGAGAAAAUAAUGACGCCCUCUGUUAAGGUGGAGAAGAUGCAUACAAUCCCAAAGACAGACGGCGUGUUCUCCAAAUCCACUGCUGGGUCUACCUGUUCCUCUUCUGUCAGCUCCUCAGUAAAGACUGGCCUUAAUUGGCAAUCAAUACCAAAGCCACCUUUGCCUUCCCCUGGACAGAUACCAAAUGGUAAAGGAAUUCUCUCGACUCCUCCGAAUGUGGAAAAGAAGCAAGAGGACACAAAUUGUAGGAAACACUUACACAAGAGAUUGUCAGAUCGAGAGUUUGACCCCGAUAUACACUGUGGAGUUGUCGAUGUUGAGACAAAGAAGCCGUGCACUAGAUCUCUGACAUGCAAGACACAUUCCUUAGGCUACAGGAGAGCAGUACAAGGGCGCAAGAAAGGUUUUGAUGUGUUAUUAGCCGAGCACAAAAGUAAAACCAGGGAAAAAGAACUGCUACGUCAAGCUGAGCAACAACAGCAACAGACGCCUGCGCUCAGGGAACCGCAUCCCUCACCUUCGAAAUCUUCCCAGGAAACGCACCAAAAUUCUCAUGGACUUUCUGCCCCUGAAGUGAAGCCUUCGGUACCCAGCAAGGCUAAGCCUCACAACCCCAGUCUUCCAAGGCCAUCGGGUUACCCAGCGCAGCACAGUGGUAACGCUCCCAGUGGCUCACCAUCAGUGCACGAAUCUCCACAACCAGUAGUACCUGCGGCUGAGCCAUCCUCCCGCUUGUCGAGCGACGAGGGGGAAGGGGACGAGAAAGAAGAACCCGCCGAAAAACUGGACUGUCAUUAUUCAGACCACCACCCUCGACCAGCAGCUUUUUGCUCGUUUGGUAGCAGACAGAUUGGAAGAGGAUAUUACGUCUUUGACAAGCGGUGGGACCACAUCCGAUGUGCACUUAACUUCAUGGUGGACAAACAUCUGAACUCCCAGAUGUGGAGGAAAAUUCCUCCAGCGUCUAGCAGUUCAUCCACACAUGCUCCACACCGGACCAGCACAAAUUCAGCGCCCGUGUUACAGAGUAUGAACAACACUGGUUUCCUUUCGCCCAGCACAGUUACCUCUCCCCUGACCCCCGCGACCUCUCCCUGUACGUCUGUGGACAAAGUCCUUUCACAAGGAGCUACACUAAGCACUCACACUGCGACAGACCCCACCAGUAGUAUGCAAUCCAGACAAGUGUCUUCUUCAGCAUCCACACCGUCAGUGCUUUCCUCAUUGCCUAGCCCAGUCUCCAGCAAACCUCAAAAACUAAAAUCCAACAAGGCUGUGAAACCUAAGGAACCCCCCGCCAGCAGCACGAACUGCAGUAGCAGCGGCUCAGGAAAGAAACGGAAAAAUAACUCCCCACCCCAGCUGCUAGCGCACCCCCCUUCCCAUUCCACUGAGUCCUUUAGGAAAAACUGUGUGGUGAACUCUGGAACGUACCACUCUCCCGGCACAACCUUGUCCCACGGCAGUCCGCAUAGUGUCGGCCUCAAUUUUGUGAACAAUCGAUCUGUGAGUCUUAAACACGACCAAUCAGGGAGGGGUCCUCCGACGGGGAACCCUGCAGAAUCCAUAAAGCGCAUGAGUGUCGUUAUGAACAGCAGUGACUCCACGCUUUCACUCGGGCCGUUCGUUCACCAACCCGGUGACCAAGCUGUGAAUUCGCACAACACCUUUCCUCAUUCUCAUGCUUCCCUGGACAAGUUUGCAGGGAAAAAGCGAAAGUCCUCAGCUGGUCCCAGCAGCAUCACCAACAACAGCAAAUCCGGAAAGGUUGCCAAACUGCCGCCAGUCAACAACAUUCAUACAAAACACAAUAGCAGGAUUUCAGGAACGCCGACGCUGACCAAUAAUUCACUUCGUCAUCAGCCAAAGGCUCGUCCCUGACAGUAGUAAUUCCAGGAACUGGACAACUACGGUAACAAUCACAAACCUCCAGCUGGCUCUGUGGGCUCCAAGAUGCCUUUGAGUUUUCUCAACCUUUUCCGUGGUCCUCAGGUGUGUGGAGUGUUUUCUGAGUUUUGUCAGCUGGACAGAGGAAUAUCCCCCCCACGAAGCCAUGUCUGUAGCAGUCAGUCCCAUCGCCGCUUCUAUCAGUGUUAGUGGACUGAGCCGCCUGCUACAAACCCCGAGAUCUCACUUUGCGUCGAGCGCGAGCUCAUGUCCUCCGGCCCGUGCGAGAGAGGAGAAAAACUUCACUGUAACUUUUCUGACAGGAAUGACGUCUUCUGAUGCCCAUCAUUGUGGACACCACCGCCACCAGGAGAGGAAUAUGGCUUUAUUCUUUUACAGCAAUGCUCCAGUGGAAAAAAGAAAGAAAGGAAGAAAAAACUACUAAAAUAGCACAAUUACAAAAAAAAGAAAAUAUAUAAAAAAAUUCUAAUAAUAAAGACUAUGGGCUGGCCGCCUUUUUCCAGGUUACACGUGCUAAGAAGCUUUGAGGAGUUUUAAUGUCAAUGAUAUUUUCUCCAAAUUACGUGAUUUACUAAAAUUUAUGUUCUCUAAACUUUUACGGUGAUUGUACUGGUAAAAAACAAAACAAAAAAAACCCAAAGUAAAGAUGAGCAAAAAAUAAAUAAAAAUAAAAACUUGGUAAAGAUGCCAAAGCUCACCACACAGUUAGACGUAACGGUUAGUGAAUGGUUAUGCCGCAUUCCCUGCCCAUACUGCCACCUGUUGGCGGUCUGGCAGCCAUUGUUUUGUUUUUUUGGGUCACAUCACACCCCCAUUCAGUCACUGCGCAGCCUAUGGGCUAAGGCACUGCUAAAUUGCCAUAAAGGUUGGAGACUGGGAAAUUCUAGGAAUGACAGUCCUGACCGCCAUAGACCCAUCAGCCAUGUUUCUUGUAGACCGCGAGUCCACGAUCACCAAUCGGGAUGGGGAGGGGACGACGACGACGACAAAGCUUUGAUUCUGUUACCAGGAAGUGUUGACGCUGGAGGACAUUUGCCGAGACCUCCAUGUCUGCUUGCUACUAAUAUCAUUGGCUAUGGGUUUGUCGCACACAGGCAGCUAGAUUUCAGCAGGCCCAGGGUAAUCGCUUUAGUUUUGAUACCCUAUGAGUGGCGUCCUGUUAAACCAUCCCCUUUAAGCGCCCGUAAGAUGGUGCCCUUGUUACUGGGGAGUUACCUUUGUCCAGUCAGCGCUGACCGGAUCGGAGCUUGUAGCGAAACGCCCCAUUGCAUGUUAAUGGUAAUGCCCACUUGUCUAUUCUAUGCAUUUCCAGGAGGAAUAACAGAGGAAAGAGACACUGCUGUGUUAUGCUGUGGGGAAUACAAAUAUUUGCCAAAACGGACGUGUCAGGAGAGGCGUCAGAUCCUGUUUUGUUUUUUAGUAUGCAAUGACUACUGUGUGCAUCUCUAGUGACACAAUUUGAGAAUCCGCCCGAUCGCUGGCCGAUCUUUGUAUCAUAUCUUCAUUAUCUUUUUUUUUGCUGUUUUUAAGUUCAUUUGUAACAUGUACAGCCUAGAA